GCUCUUGCUUCAGGUCCCAAGUCCAAUGAAGACACACGUUUUCGACGUUUCACUAACACUUCAAAUGAUACUUUGACAUACUUACCACCAAGGUUUUUGGCACUUGACUCGACUGAACUCUCUCUCUCUCUCUCUCUCUCUCUCUCUCUCUCUCUCUCUCUCUCUCUCUCUAGAGAUGCCUACGCUAUCUAAUCUCUAUCUCUUUGCUUACAAUUCUCUUCAGGCCUUUGGAUGGGCAGUUUGUCUCUCUAGAAUCUUGAGCGACUUCAUAUCUACUGGCACCUUAACCGGGGCGUAUGCUUCCGCAGGAGACCUAAUAUGUUUGCUGCAAGUUUCUGCGUUCUUGGAAGUUAUACAUGGAGCCAUUGGCCUGGUGCCGAGUGGGAUGCUGCUUCCUUUGAUGCAAUGGGGAGGAAGGACUAACGUCAUUUUGGUCAUUGUUCGACAAAUUGAGGAGCUCCAAGAGUCGCCUGCGGUGUUCAUUACGUUUACUGCUUGGAGCUUAAGUGAGGUGAUUAGAUAUCCUCAUCACGCCUUGAAUUGUAUUGGAAAGUGUCCAUAUUGGAUUGUGUACCUCAGGUACACCGCAUUUACUGUGCUUUAUCCUACUGGAGAAUCUGCUGAAAUGUGGAUUAUGUACAGGGCACUUUCAUACAUAAAGAAGAAGAAUCUCCUCGCUGAUGUAUUGUUCCCUAGUUUCCCUUUUCUCUAUCACAAUUUUCUCUCGGUUCUUCUUCCAACUUAUCCAUUCCUCUGGUUGAAACUUUACCUGCAUUUGUUCAAGCAACGGCAAUCGAAAUUGGGUAAAGACCACGAGCAGAAAAAGAAGAAGAAGAAGUGAAGUAGCAAUGACAUGAACUAAAGUCAGCAUUCAAUUGGGUAUUUAGAGCAUGUACUUGAAACAUUGUCAAGGAUAUUAUUUCCAUAAAAAUUGAUGUCACGAUGAUUUAUUUUGUUGCCAAAUUUUGAUGUGUGGGAUACUCUUAAGGACCGCUUGAAGUUAGAAAAUAA